AUGAAAGCACAACGUGUCUCUACUACUGCAGUAGAGGGAACUAGUGAUAUAUCGAUAUGUGAGCUUGACUCGAUAUGUAAGGCUAGAUUAGCAUUACUACAGUCUAUUGAUAAGAAGUUUAAUAAUACUACUAAUGAUAAUGGAGGAGGAGAGACUAGUAUAGAUACUCAAGGUAGCCUCUUCUGUGAGGCUGAGGCUACUAAUGUGGUAAUGUCUAUACCUACAUGUUUGAUUAAGCAUGCUGGUAGAUCAUCAUCAUCUGAUUAUGAUAAUGAUAUUAUCAGUCAUUAUAUGCUCAGAUUAGCUGAACUGAUAGCUAAAAGGGCUGUAGUGAUAAUAGGAGGUAUGGCUUAUAUACCCGAUACCCAACUAGGGACUUUACUAUGCAAGACCUAUCGAGAGCAAUUACGCAGACAUCUAGCAAUAGCUCUACAAGAACGUACGGUAUUUAUGAAUGAUCCACGUAUAGCUAGUAUAGUUAAGCAUAUGCAUCCAACAUAUAGACCAUCUAAUGGCAAUAACAUGGAUAAUAUACCAGAUUCCGAGAAGCUCUCUUUGGAUAAUUUCAAUCUGCUAUUAGAACGAUCCUUCCCACCGUGUAUGAGGAGUUUGAUUGAACAUAUGAGACAUAAGAAGACCCAUCUAAAACAUCGAGGCAGGCAACAGUUACCCCCCUUCUUGAGAUCUGCUGGGUUGAAUAUGGAUGAUAGUCUAAGAUGGUUUAAGACCGAGUUUACACGAGAUCAGAGCAUCGAUCCUGAUAAGUUUGAUCGUCAUUAUAGUUAUGAUAUUAAAUGGACAUUAAGUAAUUGGGCAGAGACGGGUGGUUUCCAACCACAACAGACAGCUAUUAUGAUUGAUGAUAUUACUAAGAAGAGUAAAAGGGAGGCACAACUUGCUUGUCAGGAAUGGUUUCGUAUUAUGCAUCCUGGCAGUAGUGGAGAUGGUGUUGGUAACCAUCCUAAUUCAUAUUUCAGUGAAUCGAUUGCCUAUCACCUCGAGAAGGAUGGGAAAAGUAACAAUGCUGAUACGGAUGAUGAUCAUGAUAGGAUGGAUGAAUAA